CACAAACACGAAUUUAAGCAACCCAAGCAGUCAUUGCAACAAGAAAAGUAUUACAUUUAAGUAAAUUUGGAAGCAAAACUAUAGUCAAAAUGCAGGAAGCAGAUACAGAUCCAAAGCGAACUAAGAGCUACGUGGAGGAAGUAUUUCGCCAAGUGCAGGCGAAACCCGGCGUGGAGGACAUAUUGAUCAUGAAUCACUCGGGUGUGCCGGUUAAAACCUCGAUGGAUCGCCAGGAUGGCUUGCAGUACGCCUGCCUAUAUGACAAUUUGCGGGAGAAGUGCCAGGCAUUCCUCUCCAAAAUGGAGCCAGCUCAAAAUUUGACUCUAUUGAGAGUUCGCACCAAGUACCACGAGGUACUCAUUACGCCAGAUGCCAAGAUCACCGUUUUGGUGGUGCAGAAUGCCAAGGAUACUUUUCUUAACAUAAAGGGUUAGCAUUGUGCUGACUUCAUGAUUAGCGCAAAAGCACUAAAUAAAGUAUUCAGUUAGCCGUUUGCUGUUACCAAG